AUGAUUUAUUUGAACCAUCAUCUGAAUAUAGCGUCCAGGUCGAGGCAUCCGAGUCCUCUCAAAAAGAUCAUCCAAUUUAUGGCCAUGGAUGAUAUGGUCAGUUUGGCUGGAGGAUUGCCACAUCCCUCUCUUUUUCCGCUUCACACUUCCACUAUCACCGCCUCCAGUCCUUGCACGAAGCAUCAGAUAAAGUUAGAUCUGUCUGCUGGUAAAGCGGAGAAUCCGUUUGCUAGCUUCCUUCAGUACGGGAGUGGUGCAGGAAACGCGCAGCUACGGCAAUGGUGCCGCGACUUCACCCAGCACAUCCAUCGUCCCCUUUGCGAGAGCUUUGACAUCCUCCUGCAUCCGGGUAACACCAAUGCUUGGAGCAAGGUGGUCAACCUUCUCUGCGAGAGAGGAGAGUAUAUCCUUUGCGAAGAGUUCACAUACCCUUCCGCUCAAGCAUGUUGGAUUCCGUUGGGCAAUUACGCCGCACCAGUGGCGAUGGAUGCUCAAGGCAUCCGCGAUGACUCCCUAGAAUCCACCCUGGCUGGAUGGGAGUUAAAUCAUCCAGGUAUCCAGCGUCCGCACGUUCUCUACCUCGUGAGCGUGGGCUCGAAUCCCACUGGCGUGACAAUGGGGGUCGAGCGACGGCGCAAGAUCUAUGAGAUCUGUGUUCGAUAUGACAUCAUCAUCGUCGAAGACGACCCCUAUUUCUUCCUCCAAUUCCCGGAAUACGAACUCAAUCCGAAGACCAUCAAUGAUACAAGCACAUCCAACGAACAGUUCCUCGCCAGUCUCGCCCCAUCCUUCCUCCAAAUCGACUACCAAGGCCGCGUCAUCCGCCUCGAGUCAUUCAGCAAGACUCUCGCUCCCGGCCUCCGCCUCGGAUACUUCAUCGCCCACCCAUUCUUCAUCCAGCGCCUCCUCCUCGCCACGGAGGUCGAGACCCAGGACCCGUCCGGCCUCUCACAAGCCGUCGUGCUCAGCCUCCUGCAGACAUGGGGCAUGGACGGGUACUUGACCUGGCUUCGGAACCUGCGACACGAAUACCAAGCCCGUCGGGACUGGAUGAUCCGUGCCUUCCAGCACGAGUUCACCCUCGUCCCGGGCUCACAGCAUCCUGACCUCGACGUGGCCGACUCCACCCUCGUGGCGGUUCUCGACGCCGUCCCGAUCUUCUCGUUCGUGCCGCCAACGGGCGGGAUGUUCAUCUGGGCGCAGUUCCAUCUCCACGCCAACCCGACAUUUCAGAGAUUGCGCAACGAUCAAUCUCUUGAGGACCCGGAGAAAUGUUUCGCGGAUUAUUUCUGGGAGAUGUUGGUCGAAGAACGGGUCCUUUUGACUCCCGGCUCAUAUUACCAUCCCUGGCAAGGGGAGGACAAGGUAACAACCCAAGCUCGAGGCGCAAAGCCGGCAGUGACGAACUUUCGAUUUUCCUUCUCGAUGACGACGCGAGAGGAGAUGAAACGUGGCAUUGCUCGCCUGGCAAAGGUGGUUCGAGCUUCGUGGGAGCUUUAAUUAGGAGUGAUCCUAUCGUCGUGCUUUAGGGAAAGCCCAACCGAUUCUUCUUGCUCCCCAAUUGGCAUGGAGUGACUUAAGGCAUGGUCAACUGCAUAUUUGCUGUAGUAUAACCCUUGGUGCGCAGACUCCAUCGAAAAGGUUAUCGAACAGGCAUUGAAUCAGCCGAUUCUGAGGCACGUUGGUAAUGAGCUAUCUUGCGCGGUAGAGAGAGAGGCUUCUUCGGGGGCAACGCCGUUACGGAGGAGCAAGCCUCGUCUCCCAGUUUUUCGGAGUGGGUGGGAUCUCGAGAAGCAGCAUUGCGGGUCACUAGCGAGCUUGUUCGGAGCUCCGCCAUUUGC